AUGGACGAGAAGCUGAGGACGGACCCUCCUGGCUAUGUCCAGGAGGUAGACUCAAGCCUACCUACCAAACCCCAGGCGCGUGGGCCGUACGAUGCAGCCGUAUCCUUUGAGGAAUAUCACUUCUACGCCAACAAAACAAGAGAGGAGCAGUUGACUCUGGAGGUCCCCCAUUGGAAUCCUCUGCAACUCUUCCAGAAGAAGAGCCAGCUUGAUGCCCAGGACAACUUGCCUGUCACCACUCUGACUGAGGCCGACUUUAGAAAUCCUGAGAAACGACUGCAGAUUACCGAUGAGGAAUGGGCGAAUGCAAGUCGUGCCUUCCGGUCCGCGUCGGCGGGUGCUUGCUUCUUCCUUAUUACGACUGAUAUUCUGGGACCUUACGGGUCGGGCUAUACUAUGGGCACCUUAGGGUGGGGACCAGGUGUCGCUUUCUAUACAGUCUUCGGGUUCAUGGCUGGCUACUCUGGCUACCUUGUCUAUCGUGUCUUCCUCGGUGUUGAUAGCCACGAGUUCCCAGCAAAGAAUUACGGAGAUCUAGCAUUCCGAACAGUCGGCAGAUAUGGACGCCAUAUCACGAAUGUUUGUCAAGGCCUCGCACUCUUACUUCUCACUGGCCAAGUCACCAUUCAAUUUGGCCAGAAUAUUUCUCAGAUGUCGAAGUUCAAGCUUUGCUAUGCCGUUUGUCCGGUGAUUUUUGCCUGCGCCGGCUUCUUCGUCUCGCAGAUUCGCACACUUCGUGCUUAUGGCUGGAUAGCGAAUUGUGCUGUGUGGUUGAACAUUUUUGUGAUAAUUAUGACUAUGGGCAUCAUUGCAAACUCCCCACCCAACUAUGGGGUCGCGACGCUCGGGUCUGCGGGAAGUGCUGUUGACCCCGCUUCCAUCACUCCCGACAAGGAUGGCAACUAUCCCCCUAUUGUUCAUUAUAAUAACAUCCCCCCGGAUGGAUUGAUCGGUUCUCUGAACGGUAUGUUGUCGGGUGUUCUCGCUUAUGCAGGUGUCCAACUCUUUGUGGAGUUCAUGGCCGAAAUGAGACGACCUCGCGACUUCAUCAAAGCGAUGUGGGGCGCCCAGUUCUUCAUCUACAGUAUUUAUUUGAUCUACGGCUGCGUUAUAUACUACCUCCAAGGGCAGUACAGCUACAACCCAAGCUACCAGGGAGUGAGCGCAUAUGGAUGGCAGACAGCCGGGAACAUGAUAACAUUGAUUGGAGCUCUCAUUGCAGGCGGCCUCUACGGAAACAUUGGUAUCAAGGUUGUCUACAAUAACAUAUUCUUGGAUAUCUUCAAAGCCCCACCGCUCACCACCCGGGUUGGAAAGAUCAUAUACGCAACUCUGUGUCCGAUUUGGUGGAUCAUCGCUUUCGUGAUCGCUGCUGCUAUUCCUGAUUAUAUGGGCUUUGUGUCUGUGAUCUCCGCAUCUAUGCUUCUGAACCUUACAUACAGCCUCCCUCCUCUGUUUGCGCUUAGCUUCGACAUCCAGAAGAAUGGCAUUAGACAGGGAGACGGCUUUCAUCCGAGCACUGGACGGGUCGUUCAGGAUGAGAGCACCGUCCAGAGGUACAUGCGUGGGUUCUUGGCAGGCGGCAUGUUCCAGGUUAGCAUCAACAUUUGGCAUAUUGUUUACUUCCUGGCAUCGCUCUCGAUGUGUGGACUCGGAAUGUAUGCUGCUGUCACUGGAAUGAUCGACGCAUUUACAAGGGACCAGUUGACUUCCUUUACUUGUGUUUCCCCUCUCAACUUGAAUGCAUAG